AUGCCAAACUCAGCAAAGGAGGAAGGGAUUGCUGGUUACAAUGGCAUAGAAAUCUGGGUCCAGGCGGGUAGCGAGAAGCUCGACGAGAAAGAGAGCAGGUUUGACCCCGCCAAGAAGGAGAAUCGGAACCCCCUUUUUGUUCCCCUCGGCGUGGAUCUUAGUAUCCACAUCGCAGUAAGGAACAAGACUAUGCCUCACGAUCUGGCGUUCGAGAUCUCCUUCGACGGCCGCCUGGUCUACACCUUCUUCGUCAAGCACGGCAACCACGGCACGAGGAGGAUUAGUCACUUCUUCAGCGAGAUUGGAGGGUAUGUCCACAAAGUCCCCUUCCAUGCCAGCCGCAUCGAGGCAAGUACUUCACCUACUAUGCAGCAGCUUCCGACCGAAGCCAGCGAGAUCCGGAUCGACGUCUACGUUGCGCCGCUUGACAAGGGAUCAGCUAGACCGAUCGCCCCCGCGACGCUGCCAAAGAUCACUGUCCCCGCCCAUGAGCUCGUCUCCGGCCCCUGUUGCAUCAGUGCGAGUCCCGCACAGCCAUGCCGCAACGUUGACAGGAAGACCACAUACGGCCCAAGAACCCCAUACAAGGUCGGCAGGGCGAAACCUUGGAUCAGCUUCAUUUACGAGUGCUUCUACCAGAUGGACCAUACCGGUGGAGAAGACUCAAAGGAGAAGAUCGCCGCGGUACUCGCCAAGAGAGCUCUGGACGGUCCCGGGGUAGAGCACUAUGAGAGCCAGGUGGAGUCCUUGAAGCACGAGAUCUCGUCGCUGAAGACCACUGUCGACCGCUUGGAGACACAGAGCCUCGCCGCUUGA